CCGUUUUGAUCGCGGGCUCAUGUGACUCCUUCCUCGGCUUGGCAGCCAUUUUACCCGGCGAGAGGAUCAUAGAUAGUGAACAUCAUAACACGAAUAAUACCCAAAAUGUCCACUCGAUCGCAACGAAACAAAGACAACAAACAGAAUGCUAACCAGGCUAUCUUGGUUGAUAUGCUAAAAGAAGAAAAAAAUAAAUAUUGCGCCGAUUGUGCUGCUAAAGGGCCAAGAUGGGCUUCUUGGAACUUGGGAGUGUUCAUUUGCAUUCGUUGCGCUGGAAUUCAUCGCAAUUUAGGGGUACACAUCUCAAAAGUAAAAUCCGUCAACUUGGAUUCGUGGACGGAAGAGCAAAUGGCGAGCAUUCAGAGCUGGGGGAAUAGACGAGCUGGUCUUUACUGGGAAUGCUAUUUGCCCGAAGAUUUUCGCAGACCUCAAACAGACUCUGCAAUGGAAGCUUUCAUAAGGAAAAAGUACGAGCAGAAAAAGUUUAUAAAAAAAGAUGGUCUUCCGCCGCAAGGAUCGGGGCCAGCAGCAACAUCCACAGCUAAACCUGUAGAGCAGGAAUCAAGAAAAAAGAAGAAGGACCAAACUAGUAAUGCAAUAAACCUUUCUUCAGUUCCAAAACCUGUGAGCAAGCCAACACCUAUUGCACAGUCUUGUUCAGUUAGGGCUCCCCCAGCCUCACAGCACGUCAAGCAACCUCCUCAACCUGCCGCAGCAUCAAUAGCCAAGCCACGUCCACCCUCUGUUGAUCUCCUGUCGCUAGACACUGGGCCUGCCCUAUCAGCAGUCCCAUCCAAACCAGGGCAGAGUAGUUUAGAGGCAGAGUUAAUUGAUUUUGGUGCAUUUCAAGGCCCGACACUUGGUUUUAAUCAAUCACCACCACAGGAAACCCAAAAGCUUGCCAGUCUGUCCAUGUCAACUGUAGCCGACCCAGAUAGUGGUGAUUCCCUCUUGAAGGAUGAUAGUAGUGCUAAUAAAUCUGCUAAAGAUAGCAUAAUGGCCCUUUACACACCAGCACCAUCAUCACAACAGCCACAGAUGUUUGGUGUUCCCGGCGGCAUGUAUAUUGCACCUCAACAGCAGCGGCAGCAACCUAGGCAGAUAAACAACCAAUACACACAGGCUAUGCCGAUGCACAUUAUGCAACCAAAUCCACAACAGCAACAGGCUCAGGUGCAACAAGUCCAACAACAAAUGCAGAGUCUGCGAGUGCACCAACAGCCGCAAAUGCCUUCCCAGCAACAGAUGCCCCAGCAUCAGGGAAACCCAAUGUACGGCACACAGACUAACAUGUUUAUGCCGCAGCAAGCCAUGAACUCAUUCAUGAUGCAAAACCAUACAAUGCAAUACCAACAACAGAUGCAGCCACAAUUUAUAAGUACAGGUCCAAGUAGCAAUAUGACUCCAAGUGUGUACCCGAGGGACACUGGACCUUUCAGCGGACACACCCUCAGUACACAGCUGUGGAAGUGAGAAUGGUCUGUUGAGUCGAAAAACUUGCAUUCUUAUUGCAUUCUAUGCUUCCAAAGAGCAAAUGGGUACUAUGCUACCUUCUCAUCCUAUGACCCACAUGAAGAAGAUAUAUAUGUAAAAUGUAUGACCCAUAUGUAGAAUUUUAGGCCAUUAUGUAGGUGAGGCCACAAGUAGAAGUAGAUUAAAGCGCUCUUUCUGUUAUCAAUGAAUGCGUGGCAACCACUUAUGUUUUGAAUCGUUUUACAAUUGAAUUAGGGAGGGUGGGCCUAUCAAUUUGUAUAGAAUGUCUGUGAAUAGAGAGGGUAGAGUGGGUAUAGAAUGUCUGUGAACAUUUUGAUUUAUUAUAUGUUUUUUUGUUGUUCAAAGGAAUAACAACAUCAUCUGAAGGAUCUAAAAUUGUGUAGAAUUGAUUAUACAAAUCGUCAAAUUCUUUGCUCUGAAAUUGAAUAUAUUUUCUCAUUUUUCUAAGCAGGGUGACUUUUUGCAGAAGCAUGCGCUUGGACUGGCCACUUGAAACACGGGCUCAAAAUAACGCGCCAUUGUUGUUCGUAAUUCACUAUUUUCCGGGAAUCACUGAAGCAUUUCUGUAUACAUUCCAAAUAUUGCUCUCAAAAUGGUUUUAUAACUUAAAUAGCUUUUUUUCUCAAUGAACUUUAAACGAUUGCAACCAAAUUUACCGGGAUAUGUCAGGACUUCGUGAGAAUGUUAUUAACAUAUAUAUAUACAUUACAUUACUUACAUUUCUAAUAUGGCCAUUUCAAAGAACAUUUGAUAUUUCCUUUAAAAUCUGCUAGAUAUCCAAUUUUGUUAUAUAUGCUUUUAAAGGAUGUAUACAGUAUACAUCUCAGUGUUUGAGAUGUAUUCUGCAUACAUUUGUAUACUGCAUAGGUCUGUUUUUCAGUCACAAUUUUUGUUUACAAAACGUCAUAAUGUACAAUACAGUAUACGUAGUACUGAGCCCUGAAACUCUAUCAUAAUUGUGCGUAUUUCGUCGUAUCCCAAUUUUCAAAAUUAAUUAUAAUAAUCAUUCUACCCAUUUAAGCUAAUGUUCAUGGAACAUACCGAGAGUUGAGAUAGUGUGGUACAAAGCCUGCAUGUUUUAGUAAUUCUGUUUCAAGAAAUGUAGUUUAAUGCAAUUUCACAAAUUUGUGACUAAUUCACCGAAGUCUACCUCCGCGAAUCUAAACUUGAUUUCAACAGUUUAAGAUAAUAACAAACCUUUUCGUUGGUUUCUACCUUCCAGAUUCUAUAAUUGCAAAAUGUAAUAUUCCGUCCAUUGCUCUUCAGAAACGCAACAGAAAAUAGCCUAAUUGUUCAAUCAACUCUAUAGAUACCUUGCAAUAGCAUACUGACAUAGACAUCCUCUGAAAAAAGGCCUUCCUGCAAGCGUAAAGCAGAUAAUUGAAGUCCAGAAGUUCAACAUAUUUGUAAAUAUCCUGAUCGAAUCUCGCUACUCGGCCCUAGACAUGGGAUGUGAUGCGCAUGCUCAGACAAAAAGUCACCCUGUUAUCUUUCAAUCCAUAGACUGUAGAAUGGUAACUUCUUUAUUCGCCAUGCCUGGCUGGGGUGGGGUGGGGGGAGAAGUCUUUGUUCCUUUUUUCUGUCAAACUUGCAUGACCCAUGAGCCAAACGUUUUCUUUACAGCACCAAAAGCUUUCAAAUUCCAAAGAAAUUUCUUCAAAUAGUAUGCAUGAAUAUGGACGUUAACAGAUUAGUCUUGCUGCUGCAAUUUGGCUGUUUUGUGAAACUUUAUCAAAGCUGGAUAUACACUCUUGUAGGAGUUUUAUAUUAAUCGUAAAUAGUAUGCUCAGUUUCUUGCCAUUUCAGGACCUUGUGCUCAUGACAGGUGAUGAUUUGACUAUAUUGCCAGAGGCCCAUAGACAGGAUGCUAAGGGGGGACCAUUUUCUGUUAGAUAUCUUCCCCUACUGUGGUCUCAAUUGUCUUCAUUUGAGUGGAGCUUGCAGUUGUGUGGAGUGGUCCUGCUGAGCCCCUGGCCAUGGGAAAGGAGUUGACCAUCAUUUAUUUUAAAACUAUAGUUGUGUUUUGUCCCUAAAUGCAUGUAUUAUUUGGGGCUUGGAUAUUAUAUGAAUAAUGACAAACAGCAAUACAGUAAACACCAAUGUAUGAGAAUCUACAAUUUCAAAGAUCCGGCUGUUUAGGUUCUACAGUGUAUUUUGUUCUGAAUACACCGAACAAUGCAGUUCCUAGAAAUAAAAUGCUUAUUCCAGCAUGCAUUAGUGCAAUGCAUGCUGGAAUAAGCAUUUACGGAAAAAGUAUCUUUUCUUGUUUUCAAUUAUCUCCACAUGUUAUUUUAUGAUUUUGACAAUCAAAUAAAAACCUUUUUCCUCACCAGGCUGAUGAGCUUUAAAAUGCUUUAAAUGCUCUUUCAGCCUUCUCAUUAUACGCGGGUGUUUACUGUACUGCAUUCUGCACUAUCAAGAAAAGAGGGCACAAUAGAAACAUUGUUUCUUGAAUGUAUUUAGACCAAUCAUAAGCAAGUAACAUACUCAAACAGUAUAUAACAUUGUCUUGAGUUCUUGCUUUUUCGCGACCUAAGAGUCCGUACAUUCCACAUCGUUUUGCUUUUCCUUUUUUCCUUGGCUGCUCUGUAAGCCGUUAUUCCCUGGGUUCUAGAGGUCUGUCAUGUCCUCCUGUCAUCACAUCAUACAGUGUGAUGUCUGCGUUUGUCUUCACGUCUACCAAAGGCCUCUGUCGGCCCAGUGGAAUGUAACUGGCACAAAGUCGUUGAAUCAGAUUGGUCAUCUUGUAUUUCGGAUGCUUGUACAUUAAUGAAUUGGUUACCAGAUUGAAUUAAUAAACAAUAAUAUAUCCCCA